AUGACAUCUUCCGACGUGCGAGACGUUCUCAACCUGCCCGACAGUCAUGCGGGGCCCCGGCCAGCCAAGAAGCAAAAGACGACCGCUCCACGACCGAACCUCAAGGGUCUCGCCCGAGAGGUCCAGAACCUAGGCGGUGACAAUCCUAUCGCCAUCGUUCCUGAGGUUUCGAUAUUCAAGAAGCGGCGGUUCGCGAGCAGGAAGCCUGCGUCGAAAUGGGAACUCAAGUCAUUCACGAACUCGGCGCGUGGUGACAGCGGCGCAAUGGUAUUAAAGCAUUGGCGGAGGAAGACAACAGAAUCCGAAAAUGGGGCUACUAUGGCACAGGGCGAUGCAGAGAUGAAAGAUGCCGACGGCGAUCAAGCGGACAAACCUGAAGACUCGGCUUUUGCUAAGUACAACGUCGAGGUGGAUGUACCACAGUAUAGCGAGGACCAGUAUCGGACAAACCUACAGAGCGACGAUUGGACAAAGGAGGAAACAGAUUACCUGCUUGGGCUGGUUAAAGACUUCGACCUGCGUUGGCCGAUAAUCUGGGACCGCUACGACUAUGUGCCGGAGGCUAUCAACGGCGAGGCAUCGGCGGAUGGGGAUGAGAGUAAGGCCAUCAUCCCUGUACCGAAGCCGCGAACAAUGGAAGAUCUGAAGGCGCGAUACUAUGAAGUUGCGGCGAAAAUGAUGGCGGUUCAGAAACCUGUUCAGUACAUGACACAACCCGAGUACACCUUGCACGAGCUUAUGGCCAACUUCAACCCUAACCAGGAGAAACUGCGCAAGGACUUCGCCAAUAAUGCCCUCACACGGUCAAAGGAGGAGGCCAAGGAGGAGGAAUCAUUAUUGCUGGAGAUCAAGCGGAUACUUGCGCGCAGCGAUCGUUUCAAUGAGGAGCGUCGCGAGCUGUACAACCGGCUGGACUACCCUCACACUGACCAGGAUAUCAGUGCGUUCAAGUCCAGUGCAGGCUUGCAGACUCUGCUACAGAACCUGAUGAACGCCGACAAGUCCAAGAAACGCAAGUCUCUCAUGGCAGCCGAUGGCGUGAGCCCCGCCACGCCUGCAGGUCAGCAAGCGGCGGCAUCAGACAACGCCAAUCGCCGUGAAAGCAUCGCUGCCGCCGCCGCUGCACCACCCGAAAAGCAUCACAAAGAGCCUGCCAGCAGCACGGCUCAAACGCCAACGGCACCGGCAGGCGGCAAGAAGGGCCAGCAGCAGCAGGAGCGCCGCAAGCUCUCAGAGGCCGAGUUGCACGUUUAUGGUGUUACACAUCAUGAUCGCCUGUCCAGCGGACCGACCUUCCGCUACGAGAAGAUCAACAAGCUGUUUACGCAUAAGUCUAAUCAACAACAGUUGCGUAUCAUGAAUACGCUCAAUGAGCUGGACAUUCCGCCGCGGCUUGUUAUGCCUACUGCCGCGGUAACGGCUCAGUAUGAGUUGCUUCUUGGCGCGGUCAACAGUCUUCUGGACGCUAGGAAGGUGACGGACAAGAUCGAUGCCGAGAUUAAGGUUGAACUAGCCAAGAAGGCUGAAAGAGAGAAGCUGAAUGCGCCACCAGAGCCAGAGCCAGCUGCAGAGAGCAAGGAAGGCCAAGACGAGAGCAAAGCCGCAGAGAAGGAAGAUGACAAGCCUGCGGAAAGUGAGAAGAAGGCAGAAGCCGCGGCUACUGAGCCUACCAAGACGGAUAAGCCAAAAACGAACGGGGAAGAGGCCAGUGCCGAGUCACCUCCGGCCACCAACGGGGAGGAGAACGCUGAUGUUCCGGACGCUGCGGAAGAGGGCAAGGGCAACGUAGAAAAAGAAAAGGAGAAGUCGGGCCGGCCAGGGAGCAGCGGGGCGUCACACAAACGAAGCGCAAGUGUUCUGAGUGGUGGUGGCGGGAUUGACGACAAGAGCGCAAAAAGGCAGAAAAAGUAA